AUGGGUAGAUUAAUUGGAUUGGAACUAUACAACUUCAAGUCUUACCGUGGAAAAUCUGUAAUUGGAUUUGGUUCAUCGAAUUUCAUAUCAAUAAUAGGUCCGAAUGGAUCUGGGAAAUCAAAUAUGAUGGAUGCAAUUUCAUUUGUAUUAGGAUUAAAUUCAAAAGAAUUAAGAUCACAAAAAAUUACAGAUUUAAUUUACAGAGGCAGAAGAACUUUAGGGGAUGAAGAUGUUACUACAGAUUUGGAACAAAAUCCAACAACAGCUUAUGUUUUAGGUACUUAUGAAAAGGAUGAUGGAGAAAUUUUAAGAUUAAAAAGAUCAAUUAAUUUAUCAGGUCAUAGUGAUUACCAAAUAAAUAAUAAUUCAGUUACAAGGUUGAAUUAUGUGCUGUUUUUAAAACUGCUUAAUAUAUUAAUCAAAGCAAGAAAUUUUCUAGUUUUCCAAGGAGAUGUUGAACAAAUAGCUUCUCAGAAUUCUAAAGACUUAACUUCAUUAAUUGAACAUAUCAGUGGAUCAAAUGAAUUUGUAACUGAAUUCGAGAAACUAAAAGAAGAAAUGGAAAAAGCUCAUGAAAUCACCAAUGGAGUAUUUUCAAGAAAAAGAACUUUAAAUUCAGAAUCUAAACAAUAUAAAGAACAAGCUGACGAACAAAGAUUAUUUGAAAAAAACCUUGAAUUAAGAAAUAACACAAUAAAAAAGCUUUAUCUAUACAAAUUAUUUCACAAUGAACAAAUUACUGAAACAGUAAACAAAGAAAUAAGAAUUCAAAAUGAACAACUUAAUCAAUUGAAAAAAGACCUCACCACUAAGGAAAAAACUUUAAAAUCAUUAGCAUCUGAAUAUUCCAGAGAAGUUCUUGAAUUAAGAAAACAACUCAAGGAAGUGGAAGAAUCAAAAUCCAAGAUUGAACAAACUAAAAGAAAAAUAAUACCCAUUGAAUCAAAUCGAUCAUCUUUAGUUUCCAAAAUAAAUUCACAAAAGAAGAAAGUUAACAAUCUUGAAGUUGAUAUUAAAUCACAACAAUCACAAAUUUCAAAUCUUCAAAAAGAACUAAAAGAUUCUCAAAAACUAUUCGACAACUUUGAAAAUAAAAUAAGAGAAUCUAUAGCAGCAUCAUCAUCGUUAAAUAUUCCAGAAGAAGCUCACAAAGAGUAUGAAAAAUUAAGAUCAGAGUAUUUAGCAUCAGAAGGAUCCAGUUUGGAAGAUGAAAUAGCUUUGUUGGUGAAUGAAAAAGAUACAUUAACUUCAAGUGAAACAAGUUUAAAUAAUCAAAAAUUAAAUGCAUUGAAUAGAAUUCAAGAAUUAACUACCACCCUUAAUUUAGAAGUAAAAUCAAAUUUAAAUGAUAUAGAUAAUGAAAUUGAAAUGGUGGUUGCUAAAAAAGUUGAGAAAGCAGAAUUAAGAAAUAAACUAAUAAAACAAAAAGAUCUAUUCAAUCAAAAGGAAUUACAAUUAAAUACCAAAUUAAGAGACGCUUUAUUAAACUUAGAAGAUUUAUCAUCUCAGCAACGUGAAUCAAAUAAACAAAAAAAGUUGAGGGAAAAUGUUAGUGUAUUCAAACGUUUACUUCCACCAGGAUCAAUAAAGGGAUUAGUACAUGAAUUAGUCAAACCUUCAGAACAAAAAUAUGAAUUGGCUUUGCUGACUUUAUUAGGUAGAAAUUCAGAUUCUAUAAUUGUUGAAUCAGCAUCAAUUGGUUAUAAAUGUAUUGAAAUUUUAAAAGAAAGAAGAGCUGGUGUUGCUACUUUCAUUCCCUUGGACUCAGUUGGAUUUGAUCCCGUGAAUUUAAAUUACCUAAGAUCAAUUAAUAAUGACGUUGUGCCAGGUUUUGAUAUAGUCGAUCUUAAUGAUAGAUCAAUAGAACCAGCAAUUAAUUUUGUUAUUGGUGAUGCAUUAGUUGCAAAGGAUAUAAAUGUUGCAAGAUCAUUGAGAUGGGAUUCCACUAAACAAAUUGAUAAUAAGAUAGUUACUUUACAAGGAUCAGUAAUUCAUAAAUCGGGUCAAAUGACAGGAGGUGCUCAAAUUCAAAAAUCCUCCGCAAGUCUUAGUUGGGAUAAACAAGAAUGGACUAAAUUGAAUGAAAGUAAGGAAACUCUAUUAGAAGAAAUUAUGAAAUUACAAGAAUCAAAACCAAAAGAGCUUGAAAUUAAUAUAUUAGCUGAAGAAAUAAGUUCAUUAGAUGAUAAACUACCACUUUUGAAAAAUCAAAAAUCAUCACUACAAAGAGUCAUAAAAGAUAGGGAAAGUGAAAUCGAAUUCCAACAAAAAUUAUCUAUGGGGUUUGAUGAAUCUUUACAAAAUAAAAAAGAACAACAAUCAAAAAUUGAUUCAAAAAUUGAAAACAUAAAGCAAGAGAUUAGCAAAUUAAAAAGUCAAAUUUUUGGUGGCUUUUGCACUAAAUGGGGUUUAUCAGGUAUUGAAAAAUAUGAAGAAUUACAUGGAAGUGCUUUUAGAGUUAGAGCAAAAGAAAGAUCGCAAUUUGUUAAAGCUAUAUCAGUAUUACAAAAUAAAUUAGAUUUUGAAGAAGGUAGAUGUAAAGAAACAAUCAAAAGAAAAAGCAUCUUGUCAAAUCAAAUUGUCGACCUAGAAGCAGAGUUAAAAGAAGUUCUAAGUAGUAAAACACAAUUAGAAGAGGAAUUGGAUCACGUUGAAGCAGAACUUCAUAUUUUAAAAUCCGAGUAUAAAAAAUCUGAUAAAAUUUUACAAUCAAAAUCAAAACAUUCUAAAUCUAUUGAAGUUGAUGUUAAAGAAGCUGCUGUUGAAGUAUCGAAUGUUUCUAAAGAAAUAAUACAAAGGGAAGAAAAUUUGUUAAAACUUGGUUCUGAUAGAACAAAUAUUUUGAAAAAUUGUAAGAUAAAAAAUAUUAUAUUACCUUUAAUUUCUGGUGAUCUAGAUUCUUUACCAAUACAAGAGGAUUUAAGUGGUAUUGAAGUUGAUUAUGAAUUACUUGAUGAUAAAUAUAAAGAAACAUUCACCCCCAAAUUAGAAGUUGAGCUUGAAGCUAUCUUACAAGAUACAAUUGAAAAUUUGGAAAGAUUAACACCAAAUGCAAAAGCAUUAGAAAGAUUUAAAGAUGUUGAAUCACGUUUAAAAAACUAUGACAAAGAUUAUACAACUGCAAGACAAAAGGAAAGAAAAGUUUCUGAAAAAUUUGCAGAGUUAAAAGAGAAAAGGUAUGAGAAAUUUAUGGAAGCUUUUAAUCAUAUAUCCAACUGCAUUGAUUCAAUUUACAAAGAAUUAACUAAAUCAAAUACAUCUCCAAUGGGAGGAUCGGCAUUUUUGGUUUUAGAAGAUGAAGACACACCAUAUUUAUCCGGAGUUAAAUAUCAUGCAAUGCCACCAAUGAAAAGAUUUCAAGAUAUGGAAUUAUUAUCAGGUGGUGAGAAAACAAUAGCUGCUUUAGCUUUAUUAUUCGCUAUACAUUCAUAUCAGCCUUCACCAUUUUUUGUACUUGAUGAAAUCGACGCUGCACUUGAUAAUAAUAAUGUUGCUAAAAUUGGGAAUUACAUUAAGAAUCACGCUGGCCCAAAUUUCCAAUUUAUUGUUAUAUCUUUGAAAAACAAUCUUUAUGAAAAAUCUGAUGCAUUGGUUGGGAUAUAUAGAGAACAAAAUGAAAAUAGCUCCAAAACUAUUACACUUGAUUUAAGUGAAUAUCCAGAUGAAGAUGUUUUAAUUGGUGGUAAUGCUGUUACAGCAGCUUCAUAA